UUCUCUCUCUGUCUCACUCACUACAUAUACAUUUCUCCAUAAAACCAACAACAAAUAUUCCCACACCACAAAUGGACAACACACGCAUACGCCGUCCAAAAUCCCCCGCCCUUCCCCCGCCGCCGUCGCCCGCCAGCCUCGUCCGCAGCAAAAGCCGCUCCUCCGCCGCCAUAACCCUACCCGAGAACAACUCCUGCGCCGCAAACACAAGCCAACGCUCAAACAUCCACCGAUCAAAAUCAGUGACAAAGUCAAGAACUAAGAACAAGGAUGAGGAGAAUUUAAACCCCUUGAAUUGUAAAACCAAGGCUGGCUUUACCAAGCCCUUGAAGUCGUCCCCGGCGACUUCCCCAUCUGCGUGGGCUCUGUCACCGGGCCGGUCCUUGGGCUCUCCCUUUGUUUUAUCACCGCUGACUGCGGUCGAGCCUGCGGUGGUGGAUGGACGGAGAGGGAAACUAGGUGGUCAACGAGGUGGUGCUGUGAGCGGAGUUUUGAGGUUUUUUAGACCAAAGAAGGCCGCAGCGAUGACGGCGGAAGCGGAGGAGCUUCAUCGUUUUAGGAUUUUGCAGAAUAGGUUGUUGCAAUGGAAGUAUGUUAACGUUAGAGCUGAGAUUUCCAUGGCUAAUGUUAAAACACUUGUUCAGGACAAAAUAUUCAGUGUGUGGCUUCACAACUUGAGAAUGAGAAAUCGCAUCUUAGAAAAACGAAUUGAAGUUGAAAAAUUAAGAAAAGAGAUCAAAUUAUACAGAAUAAUCUUCCCUCAAGUUAGUCUCCUCAAGCAAUGGGCAAAGUUAGACAAAAGAAACCAAGAAUCAAUUGGAAGCUUAGCCUCUGUUCUUUCAACACUCUCACUCAGACUCCCUCUACUCCAUGGAGCCAAGAUUGACAUAAAGGCCUUUGAACAAGCAUUGAGCAUGGCCAUGGAAGUGAUUACCAAACUAGAGGCAAUGAUCACCAAAAGCACAUUCCAGCAAUUGGAGAAAAAGUUGUACAUGCUAACGGAGCGGCUAAGCAUAUUUAAAGAACAGGAAGACAGCUUGGAGAGGUUGGAGGAGGCUGUAUGUUCGGUCACCACCUUAGUGGCGGCGGAGAAUAGUAUUAGAAUACAACUCAUACAAGCAACAAAUUCAAGCAAGAAGGAUCCUACUAGUUAAGAUUUGUUUUCACAUUUUUAAUGGCCAUAAGUGAAAUGGAAAAUUAGGCCACCUUUUUUUAAUUAUAGUGAUAGUUAUAAUGGACCCUUCAAAUUUUCAAUUUGAGCAAAUCCCUUUGUAAACUUACAAUAUCAUUCAAAUUAUGUCCUAUCUUGCUUAUCAAUUGAAGAAUU